CCCUUUCCUGAGAACACAGAAAGCCUGACUCAGGCUGGCAGCUGGCAGCAGCCGCUCUUAAAACAGCUCCAGCCGGGCACCCUUCCCUGCUGGGGUGAGUGAGCGCCACCGCAAAGAUGAAGCUGGCGAACUGGUGCUGGCUGAGCUCAACUGUCCUUGCUACAUAUGGUUUUUUGGUUGUGGCAAACAAUGAAACAGAAGAAAUUAAAGAUGAAGCAGCCGAGAAUGCCUGCCGGGUGAGACUAGAGAGCAGAGGAAGAUGUGAGGAGGAAGGCGAAUGUCCCUACCAGGUGAACCUGCCCCCGCUGACUAUUCAGCUCCCCAAGCAGUUCAGCAGGAUCGAGGAGGUGUUCAAAGAAGUUCAGAAUCUCAAGGAAAUUGUAAAUAGCCUGAAGAAGACUUGCCAAGACUGCAAACUGCAGGCUGAUGACAAUCGAGACCCAGGAAGAAAUGGAUUGCUGUUACCAGACACAGGAGCCCCAGGAGAAACUGGGGACAACAGAGUGAGAGAAUUAGAGAGCGAGGUUAACAAACUGUCCUCUGACCUUAAGAAUGCCAAGGAGGAGAUCGAUGUGCUUCAGGGUCGCCUGGAGAAGCUGAAUCUUGUAAAUAUGAACAACAUAGAACAUUAUGUUGAUAGCAAAGUGGCAAACCUCACAUUUGUUGUCAAUAGUUUGGAUGGCAAAUGUUCAUCUAAGUGUCCCAGGCAAGAACAAAUACAAUCACUCCCAGUUCAACAACAUCUUAUAUAUAAAGAUUGCUCUGAAUACUACACAAUAGGCAAAAGAAGCAGUGAGCUCUAUAGAGUUACACCGGAUCCCAGAAACAGUAGCUUCGAAGUUUUCUGUGACAUGGAGACCAUGGCGGGAGGCUGGACAGUGCUGCAAGCUCGUGUUGAUGGAAGCACCAACUUCACCAGAACAUGGCAAGACUACAAAGUAGGCUUUGGAAACCUCAGAAGAGAAUUUUGGCUGGGGAAUGAUAAAAUCCACCUUCUGACUAAGAGUAAGGACAUGAUUCUAAGAAUAGACCUUGAAGACUUUAAUGGUAUCAAACUCUAUGCCUUGUAUGAUCACUUUUAUGUGGCCAACGAGUUUCUCAAAUACCGUCUACACAUUGGUAACUAUAAUGGCACAGCUGGAGAUGCCUUACGUUUCAGUAAACAUUACAACCAUGACCUGAAGUUUUUCACCACCCCGGAUAGAGACAAUGAUCGAUACCCCUCUGGGAACUGUGGGCUCUACUACAGUUCAGGCUGGUGGUUUGAUGCCUGUCUUUCUGCAAACUUAAAUGGCAAAUAUUAUCACCAAAAAUACAGAGGUGUCCGAAAUGGGAUUUUCUGGGGUACCUGGCCUGGCAUAAGUGAGGCACAACCUGGUGGUUACAAGUCCUCCUUCAAAGAAGUCAAAAUGAUGAUCAGACCCAAGCACUUUAAGCCAUAAAUCACUAAUGCUAACAAUUCUGGGUAUUCAUUACCCAAUAGGGCAAUUAAUUCCUUCAGCACUUUGGAAUAUGUUUCAAACUCCUUUUCCAUGGCUUAAAAUUUAUCUCUGAGCAAUGGGUUCUUAUGCCACAUAGCAUUUGAAAUAAAGCUGAAAAAUAUACCUUUUAAAGAAGUCCUUUGUCACUAUUCUGCUGUUAUCCAAAUAAACACUUGCAAGCAAUUGGAAAUAUUAAGAAUCACACAUUAGACUUAUAAUUCUUUUAAUUUCUCUUAUUUAAAAAGUUUUAUAUUACUUAUAUUACUCACUCUAAUUAAAAAAAUAAUUGUUUUUUUCAGCAGGCUAGAUUUUACACAAGUGACCUCUGUUUUGACAGUGAUUUAAACACAUUUUUUCAGGCUAUAGUUACUGGGUAUUUAUUUGUAUCUAAAUACCCUGUUCCUCAUUAUGAGAUAAAUUUACUCAGUUUAUAGCAUUUAUGGCAUUUUAGUUUCCAAGAAAGAAGAAAUAUAAUUAAACCUGCUCAUGUACUAUUUGUGAAAUGUAAAAUUUUAUCAUUGAAAAUAUUUUAAAAUGUAAUAGUAUAAUGUCCCUCCAAAAAGCAUUCAGAAAAUUAAUUUAACCUUAAAGACCAUGAUUUAAAGGUAGUUCUUUUAUAGUUUAUAACUCUUUAGAUGUUAUAACUCUUUUGAUGGUAAAAACUGCUUUAGUAUAAAAAAUAUCUUCCUUUGCUGUAAUGCAUAAUAGUUUUUAAUUUAAGACUGCUCACUGCUGUGCGAGACUACUGGUAAACUUUCCUUUGGAGAAAUAGGUGUGGCCGAGGAAUGAAGCGCUUAUUUAGAGGCUAUAACAUUCUGAAAGCCAAGUUUAGAUCCAAAGCAUUGAUAUUAUUAGGUGAUUCACUUUAUACAGAGCUAAGUUUAUAUGACAAAUAGGUAAAUUUUCAUAUUUAUAAAAAACUUGAAUUUGAAAUAUAUAGAAGAGUAGUUCAAAUAUGUAUUUCAACCCUAACUGGUGUAUUGCUUACUUUGCUAUCAGAAGAUUCAAACACAGGUGUUUGGUUUUUUUUUAACAAAAGUAGCUAGAACACUUAUAAAUCAUUCAUUCUAAAAUGCAAGAAUCAUAUUUAAAGGAUAAUAAAAAUAAUUUGUUAAAUUCCUCUAUUAUAAAAAGGAAUCAUUUCAGAGAGAACAGCAGUAUUCUACAGCAUGUUUUAAAAAUGCUCUAGAAUAACAUUUGGAAGAAUACACAAUAAUGUAUGUGAGUCAUAGACAUACAGUCAAUCUUUAAUUUCUAGUAUCUUUUUCUACUAAGGUAGCCAAGUUUUCAAAAUAAAUUCACAAAAAUGCAGCUUUACCCAUUAUUUGAAAAUAAUUGAGAAUAGUAUUGUUAGGUAAGAAGUUAAUUUUUCAAGUAUUGCCUUUUUAUAGAUAAUUUGAAUCAAAAAGCAGACAUUCUUUUAAAAAUAUAUAAUGUACAAAGUUCAGGUAAGCAUAAUGAAAAAUUAUGUUAUUAUUAAUAAUUAUUAAAAUGCCAAAACAAGGGAAAUGCAAAUAGAAUUAAGUGACUACCAAAAUGUAAGAUAUCAUUGUAGAUUUCAAUGGCUUCAUAUCUCUCAAUUGGAUACUAAGUGUAAAUGUUGUAACUAAUUUAUUCUUUACUUCUCUCUCUUUUCUGAUUUUUACAAAAAGGCUAAGAAGAUUUUGAUAUUAUACAAUAUAAUUUUUCAGAUAAAGGCAUUUUUACUUACUAUAUGUAGCUACUAACAUGUGUAUAAAUUUAGGCAAAUUUCUGAGAUGAAAAAUAGAUUCCUUAAAAAAUACAGUUCUAAAAAAAUAGCUCACAUAGCAACUAUCCACUGAUUUUAAUAGGAUGCAGGUAUCAUUUCAGGAGAAUUUGGCAAAUAAUUCAUUAAUCUACGUACAUACUCAAAAGCCUGUCUAUCUUUCCACCUUAAUCAAAGGAUCAAAAUUUUAUUUUCUAUUAUACAUUUACGGCACCUUUCUAAUAACAAAUUCUAUAACAUAGAAAUUCCUUUUUGAAGUCAGUUCAUGUCACUUAUAAAAUAUAUUUUAGAUUUUUAUAAUCUUUAGCAUAUUGAUGGGAAUAGAUUCUAUUUGAGAGAGUUUUUUUUCCUGGCAAAACUAUUCACUAAUAUCAUGAGCUAAUGUUCACAAACGUGGAUUGACUACUAACAAAUAUUUUAGAGUCUUGUCUUGGUUCCAUUUUAAUGACUUAUUUGUUAUCUGAGGUAACAAAUUAUUUCUGAGCUUUAUCAUACUUUGAAAAUAUUGACUAAGAUUAGGUCUUUAGAAAUUCCAAAUGGAACUGGUUCACUAAUCACUGAGAAAAAUAAUCAAAUUUUUCUGAUAAGUAGUAAUGCUCCAAAUGAAGUGAUGACACAUUUAUCCGAUAAAUAAAGAGCCUAAAUAUACAAGACAAAAGAAAUCUGAGUAACAAAUUUGCUGUUCCUUAUUUUUGAAUGUCUACCCAAGGAAAGGGUAGAAGGUUUAAAGGUAAAAAGUGAGGAGUAGUAGCGUCAUGAUAAGCCUUUGUUUAGAAUUCUUAUUUUCCUUUAUGUAUAAAAGGAAAUGUUUUUAUGUUUAUAUAAAACAUAAAAAUAGGUUUAUGUUUUAUGUCUUUUAAAAAUGUUAUAAAAUAAAAGAUUUAAUCAUCA